AUGUUCGGGAAAAUUGGUAAUAUGUUUGGAAUGAAUUACAAAGAUCCACCUGAUCCAGCUAACAAAAAUUUAUACGAAGAUGAUAUGGAAGAUGACAUUGGAGCUAAACGAAGAGGAAGAAGAGCUGUGCACAAGGAAUUCUCUCCUUACUCAGCGAUUAAACCAUUAAGAUCGAAAGAAAAAAUGGAAGCUAAAGCUAAUCGGUUAAGGGAGGAGAAGAUGUAUUUGAGCUCGAAACCAAUAGCUGAUGGGUCUAAAGCUGUUCUUCGAGCUGGAAUACAUGAUGUAAUCAAAUCAAAUUAUGGAAAAGAAAAUAUCGAUCCUCAAUUUAUUAAAGCUGAAUUGGAUGCGUUUGAUAAGGUGAUUGCCGAGUAG